AUGGGUUAUAAAAUCUAAGUAUGUUUAUUGCAUGAGUUUAGUCCCAUUUUCAAUUCAGUCGUCCCAGUAAUUAAACUCGAAAUAGAUCCUCAAGUCUCUUAGACUGAAUUCGAAGGAAGAAAUCUAACUGAUACAGAUAUUCAGAAGUGGAAAAAGCUGAAAUUAAAGAUAAAAAGUUGCAUCAAAGUUGAUAUCUCGUUCAAUUUUAGUGGAAGCACAUAUGAUUCUCCUCAUUCUGGUUUUAUGACUACAAAUUUAGUUAAAUAAUGGAUGAAAGAAUAUCCAGUUAUCUAAUAAUUGGUAUUGAUUUUGAAGAGCAUGAUAAAGAAAUUAGGAUUAUCAGAAUCAUAUACUGGUGGCCUCUCUUCUUACUCUCUAAUAAUUAUGGUAUAUUCUUAUCUAAGAGAAAAUAGAGUAGCCUAAAAUUAAAUAGGAGAAUACUUCAUUGAUUUGCUUAAGUAUUAUGUAAAUGAAUUUAAUUCUACAACUACUGGAAUAGGUCUAUUGGCUGAUAUGAAAAAUCCAUCAUCGAGCUAUUUUUUUAAGCUAUAAGAUUAUUGUUUACCGUAAUUACCAAUAACGAUUUUCAGUCCUUUGAAUAGAAAACUACUAACUAAUUCUUGUAUUCACAUUGGCAAGAUAUUUGAUUUUUUUUAAGCGACUUUAAGUUAACUUGAACAAAAAAGAGAAUUUUAUUGCAACUACGUAAUUUUAGGUAAAAAGAAGCAAUAAAAAUUGAAUAAAACUUUGGGCAAUUUUAUCACUAACUUAUUAGAAUCAAUUAAAUGA